CAAUGCUUCUGUUCAACGAGCAUUAUUCAAGAUCCUUUUUCUUUCUCCAAACUCAGUUCAGUAAGUUUCUCACACUAAAAUGAACGUUCGAACCGGGUCACACCAGCUAAGCAAUGGACUCUACGUCUCGGGUCGACCGGAGCAGCUGUUUAAGGAACGCCAACCGACAGUGGCUUCACGCGCCGUACCGUACACUGGCGGCGACGUUAAGAAAUCUGGCGAGCUAGGAAAAAUGUACGGCAUAGAUAUAUCAAGUGGUGAUCACCCUCCGGCUCCGCCUAAAGUUCCUUCCCGGCACUCUUCAUCUUCUCAGCAGAAUAGUGGAUCUGUUAGAUCCGGCCCAAACUCUGUUCUAGUUAACAAGAAGUCUUCUUCCUCCUCGUUCUCAGGGCCCAUUACGCCUAUUCAGCCCACGGGUCUCAUUACCUCCGGCCCAUUGGGGUCAUCCAGCUCCAACCGCCGCUCCGGUAAGCUCGACAGUCCGUCCGCCGGGCAUAUCUCGUUUAGUAAAGCUCAAUACGGCUCGGCGGUAACGAACUUGGGGGAGGAUGUGAAAUUAGGUUUCAAGGUUUCGAGGGUGGCAAUGUGGGUGUUCUUGGUGGUGGUAGUUAUGGGCUUGGUGGUGGGGGCGUUCCUUAUGGCAGCGGUGAAGAAGCCGGUGAUUUUGGUGGCAGUGGUGGCAGUUUUAGUUCCUGCGGUGGUGGUUUUAAUAUGGAAUUAUGCUUCCAGAAAGAGGGGGGUUCUAAGUUUUCUAAAGAAGUAUCCAGAUGUCGAGCUGCGAGGAGCCGCUGAUGGACAGUACGUCAAGGUCACUGGGGUUGUCACUUGUGGUAGCAUUCCUCUUGAAUCUUCUUUCCAGAGGAUACCAAGAUGUGUAUUCGUUUCCACAGAAUUGUAUGAAUACAGGGGAUGCGGUGGAAAACCAGCAAAACCGAGACACCCUUUCUUCUCCUGGGUAUGCAGGCAUUCAGAGAAGCAUGUGGCGGAUUUUUAUAUAUCAGACUUUCAGUCUGGUUUAAGAGCUCUAGUGAAAGCAGGCUAUGGAGCUAAGGUUGCUCCAUUUGUGAAGCCAACUACAGUUGUCAAUGUGUCAAAGGAUAACAAAGAUUUAUCUCCGAAUUUUCUACGCUGGCUUGCUGACAGAGGUCUGUCAAGUGAUGACCGUAAAAUGCGUCUGAAAGAAGGCUACAUCAAAGAAGGAAGUACAGUAAGUGUCAUGGGUGUCGUCCAGCGGUAUGAUAAUGUACUCAUGAUUGUUCCACCUGCAGAACCUGUUUCAACAGGCUGUCGUUGGCCCUGUUGCCUUCUCCCAACCUAUAUGGAAGGCCUUAUUUUGACGUGUGAUGAAAGCCAGAAUAGUGACGUGAUUCCUGUAUAGAUGUGUGAAUUGCUCUGUAACUAUGGUUUGCAAGUCACAAGUACAUAGUUGAGCCUGAUCUUGAUCAAGAGAAGGAUCACAACACUACCUUAUUCUCUCCAAAAUCUACAAAUGUAUAUGAAUGGUGGCUUAGAGGAUGAAAAGCUGAAGAAUUCACUUGUUUCAUCCGUGUACAUGUCUCAAAGACCUAGAAGCCAGAGUUGGGCAGGUAUUUUAUUGUGCUAAUUUAUUUUAGUUUUCAUGUUUCUAUCAUGUGUAUAGACGUUAUAUAGGGGCUGAUGAUAACUAUGGUGUGAUAUUGAAUGUUAAUUUGCUACCUGUAUAUGUACUAUUACUUACUGAAUAACAAUAACUUGUUCAAAUUGGAACCUGGGGUUGUGUAUGUAAAUGAAUCUGAGAUAAAUAUUGAGACACAGGCCUCGUUGAAGAUGAA